AUGAAUGGCUAUGAUUUCAAAGAAAAGGAGGAAGGAAUUUAUGAAAGCAGCGAUGAAGCAAACAUGACACAACGAUGUGAAAUUUGUAAUAAAGUCAUUGCUGGAAAGCGAAAUUGGUGCGUUUUUCUCAAGUAUCUUUUACAACGUGAUCUGUAUCAAUUAAGGAGCAAACAUAUAGCUGGAAAAAAGCACAAAAAUGUAUUGCGAUUAUUGAAACGACAGCAGAAAGCUGCGAUCGCGAUCGCUUGCGCCGAAGAGUCAUCAACUAAUGGAUUGCUUACCGACUGCCUUGAGGAUACCGGGAUUAAAAGAUCUUGGGAAAAAUAG